UUUCAAAGCGGCGAGAGACAGAAGCUAUUCACUGUAAACUUGACUAGGCUGUAUUAAACUUUAAGAAGAGCCACAACUACCGGAUACACUCAAGAAAAGAAAAGGACCAGCUUAGAUAGUCUUAAAACUUUCUUGUUUGUGUGCGGUUUUAUUUUUUCUCUAAAUAACCUAACCGGAACAAAGGACUCGCCGCUUCAAAGAUUACUUUGUAACUUUGGGAAAAAGCAUUUUUUUCGUACCUAAACCUUCAUUACCUAAACUUCUGUUUUCCUGCCGUACAAGCUUUAUGUAUUUGGAUUUAAUAUUUCAAUCCCGCCGUCCUACUAUGGUCAUAAUGGAGGUUCCCACCAUCGACAGUGCGGCCCUCCGUGGUUUGUUGGAGGGCGACGUCCCGGGCUGCCUGUUGCUGGACUGCCGCUCCUUCCUGUCUUUCAACUUGUCCCACAUAUCGGGCUCCACCAACGUGCGCUUCAGCACCAUAGUGCGCAGGAGAGCCAGAGGUGGUCUAGGACUUGAGCACAUCGUCCCCAACGAGGACACCAGGAACCGGCUCCUGUCAGGGGAGUACGAGUCUGUGGUGCUGCUUGACGACCGUAGUUUGGACUUAAGCCAGGCGAAGAAAGACGGGACAUUGAUGCUUGCUUUUACGGCGCUGUGUCGCGACCCUUGUGGAGCCAGGGUUUUUAUUCUCAAAGGCGGUUUUGACGCAUUUUCCACAGAGUAUCCAGAGAUGUGUACCAAACCCUCCCCUCCACAAGGGCUUAGUUUGCCCCUGAGCUCCAGCCGUCCUGGGAGCGCAGACCCAAGCUGCAGUCCAUGCAAUACUCCUUUAUAUGAUCAGGGGGGUCCUGUGGAGAUCUUGCCUUUCCUGUACCUCGGCAGUGCUUACCAUGCUUCAAGAAAAGACAUGCUGGACAUGCUGGGGAUCACUGCUCUUAUCAAUGUCUCUGCCAACUGCCCCAACCACUUCGAGGACUCCUUCCUCUACAAGAGCAUCCCUGUCGAGGACAACCAUAAAGCCGAUAUCAGCUCCUGGUUCAAUGAGGCAAUCGAGUUUAUUGACUCGGUGAGAAAUAAAGGAGGCCGUGUGUUUGUGCACUGUCAAGCAGGCAUCUCCCGCUCCGCCACCAUUUGCCUUGCCUACCUCAUGCGGACCAACCGCGUGAAGCUGGACGAGGCCUUCGAGUUUGUCAAGCAGCGCCGCAGCAUCAUCUCCCCCAACUUCAGCUUCAUGGGUCAGCUCCUCCAGUUUGAGUCCCAGGUCCUGGCCUCGUCUACCUGCUCCUCGGAGGCAGGCAGUCCAGCCAUCGGCAACAGCAGCACAGUCUUCAAUUUCCCGGUCUCCAUCCCUGUACACACCUCAGCUGGUCAGCUCUCAUUCCUCCACAGUCCCAUCACCACCUCUCCCAGCUGCUGAGGAAGGAACACGGACUUUGUUUGUACUUGAACUGCAAUUCAACAAGUGACUCUGCAAAGAGCACUGCACAAAACACUGUCCUGAUUAUAAAUCAUUUUAUGGUGAUACUGGUAUCACUGAACACAAUGGGAACUAUUGUUUGGGGUCAGUUCAUUUGACUCUGUGAUCGGUUGGCCUCAUCAUUUCAAACCUAGACUUGAUAACUACUAUCAGGCAGUAUUCGUAUGUAACCUCCUAAAUGUGAAACUCAUCCACACUUUUAAUCCUAGAUGACUUGGGAAAUUGCUGAAAAGGUAGUUGAGGUUAUUCUUGUAGAGAGGAUUGUUAGAAGUAUCUGAAUAUUAUUUAUUCAAAGGACUGAAUUUUACUUUUCAUGAAGGCAACUGCUUUUGAUAAUCAUGUUUAAGCAAACAAAAUGGAGAGGGCUAAGAGUGUCUCAGGAAUGUUGACUUAUCCUCUCAAAUGUCCAUUUUGCUUAAAGAAAGCAAUACAAACCUAUUGCCCAACAUGGCAUGGAAGUUACUCCUUCAUUUGAUGAACAAUGAAUGUAUCCCCCCUUUUUCAGUGUGGAUGUGGCAGAAAUCAUCAUGUUCAGUUUGAGAGUCGAUUGGGUUGCCAAUUCAAAUGCAAAUACCUGCCUUUCAAGACAUCAUGAAACCUUGACGAUCCUGACACAUUGGGGAAACGGACCAUUAAAUACCUCAUGUUUCUGUACUGUGUACUGCAGCGCUGAGACAGACAGAACUCCAAAACUCAAAUGGGGACACAUAGUCCUCAGUGACUGCAUUCUGACAUAUUUAUUAAACUAAAGUAAUAUAUUUCUUUAUCAUAUCUAUUUUUGCAUAUGUUUGUGUAAAUGUUGUUUUUAUACCGUUUAAUAAAUCUCAUUUGAGUUUUGUACCCAGA